AUGACGUGCAGGCGCGAUUGGUACGACUGUGGACGAGUCGCGGAUGAUUUCGGCUGGCCGCGUGUAAUUGAGGCGAACGGUAGUGGUAAAGUUCUCAGCUAUGAAAAAGACUGGGCUACUAUGAUAGGAUGUUCAGGAUACGUUACCUAUGACAUAAAUAACACUGAGGUCACAAUUGCCUUUGAAAAUCCUUAUACAGGAUCCAACAAGCUCAGAGUAGGCACCGGAGAAGAGAGCUUCUGGAAAAACAUGGAAAAACAUGGUUACAAAGAGUUUACUGAAACCGCCAUAGUUUGCAAUAAUGGCCAGCGCUUGUUGUGCUACUGCAAGUGUACCGGUGGAGACACCAACACUUGUACUGUCAUCCUGAGAAAAUUAUAG